GUUGUUAUUUAUUUUAUUGUGUCCAUGGCAUGUGGAGGAUUAGCAUGGCAAAGUUGCGUUGGAAAAUGAAAUAUGUUUUUUCCAUGGUGGAUACCUACUGGAGGAAUUGGAACAUCCUGAAGUUCUAGCCUUCUAGAAUUCAGAACAAGAAUAUAGGUACUGGAUAUCAAAGUGUAAAUUAUGUUAAUUUUGUUCUACCAAAGAGGCAAACACUUCAUUUGAAACGAUUCUUGUGGAUUACUCUCAUUGUCAGAAAAGCUGGUGAAAUUAUUCUAAAGCAGUGGGUAAUCAUUAGUAUUUUGAAGAGCAUAUGAAUAACUUGCCUACCAUUCAUACGCCAUUUGAAAUUUUCCUAUAGAAAACAAUCUGAAAUUUCUAGUGGUGGAAUAUUCAUGACAGAAUGAGUUGCUUAAUAUGUUUUUUUAAAGAAAUAGCAUAGCAGUUACUGAAGAGAACUUUUUUGAGGGAACUAUGAAGUUAAUUUCUGUAAAUGUAAAUGAUUUUAGAGAUUGUCUAAUGUUAUUUUUUUGUUUUUUUUUCUUAUACCAAAAUUGCAUAACAGAAAGAAGUCAUUUCAUGACUCUAUCAUGAAAAUUCACUUAUAAUAUUUUUAUGUUGUGUUUUGCCUUUUAUCUGUAUUAUUAUACUAGAGAGAGAUACCUCUGUGAUUAUACUUAUUUUUUCUAAAAGUAUUGUUAAGUUUCUUCCAUGUUGAAUGCAUACUGAAAUGUGUGGUUUUUAUUGUAAUGAGCUGCCAUUUGAAUUCUGAUUUUUGUAAGCUGAAUUUCUUACAAUAAGUGCACUACUUUUAUUUACGUCAUAGGUUGUAUUAGUUUAGUAACUUUUAUAUUCACUUAAAUACAGUGAUAAGGAGAAUUUGUGUAAAGACUGAAGAAAUGUGUAGAAGAUAAUUGUCUCUCUACAGUACACUUGGUUGAUGGAAAGUAUUUUCUGUAGCUAUUCAUCUUCUAGUUUUUGGCAAUUUGUUAUUUCACUUUACUUGAAAAUUAUGUUCAUGUGGUUAUUCAGAAAAUUUUGCUUUAAAAAUAUUUGAAAUGAUGGCUUACUUUAGCGACAUGAGCUAUGAAAAUGCAUUGGAGAAUUAUUUAAAAUCUUGUGAAAAGAAUAAAAAAAUACAAAGACUUAUUUUUUAAGCUACUGCAUUUUUUGUUAAGCAAAUUAAAGAAAAUGUUGAAGAUUAAAAUGAUUGCAUUUUAAAUUAGAAUUUUAUGGGCAAAUGUUGGCAUGUUUGGUAUUGUAAUAUUCUAACAUACAUAUUCUAAAUAGGUGAGAAAAAAGAGUUAUCCGAGUAUCAGCAGAGCAUUGAAAUCAUUUCCUCUAGAUGGUUUUAAUUAUGUUUUGUAGAAUUAUUUCAGAAAAUUGAAACGAAUUAUAAUGUGGUGAUUCUUGUGGUUGAGUCAGAAAACUGCAGCUUUUUUACUACUCUAGUUUUUGGUGGUUUUAAAUGUAUUUUUUUUUUUUUAUAUAUGAAAUUUCAGUAGUAAAUUAUGUUAUUGUGGUUACAUAGAAAAUUAUGCUUUGACUCAAACUCUAGAAACUUUCCUUAAUUUAAUCAGUAGACAAGAUCUGUCAACAAGAAAUUAAUCAUAUAGAAAGCCUGAUAAAUUUGUUUUACAAUGUGUAUUGAGGUUUUCUGCAAGACUGUUGUGUAGUUAUGUUUGUGUGAUGUGUGGUGCAUUAGGAAUUUGCUUAUCAUGCUUGCAGAAUAAAAUUUUACCAUAUCAGAAAAAUAUAUUCCCUGUUGCUGUAUUUUCAAUGGAAAAUUUUAGUGCUUUUGAAUCACUUAAUUUAAUGCUUGUUGCAUGUAAAAAGGGAUAUUUUUAGCCAUUUUCUCUAGAAAAGUGUAUUGGAAUAAGUAUUUGAUAAGGUCUAGACAGCAAGAGAGUCCUAAGAUUGUAUUCUAAUUUGUACAUCGAUUCACUACUGUAUUUGUUAAAAUUGUUUAUUGUUGUACUUCAUAUAAAUGCAGUUGUAGUAUAAUUGAUGCAAUAGUAAUACAAUGUAAUGUAUCUUUAAUGAAGAGAGACAUGUAAAUAAAUCAUCAGAUGUUAGCAACAAAACUUUGAUUUACUUAUGCUACUUAAUGUAUUGUUUCUGAUCUUGCUGUUUCAAUACAAGAUAUAUUUUGAUAAAUUUGGAGGUUAUUGUCUUAUAAUGUGUAUUCGGAGCAAAUUAUUCAGAAAUUUGAAAGGAGCUAGUUAAGAGUUGUAAUAUUAGAAUGUGCUAAGAGCAUGUUCUGUAUCCAUAUUGCAUGUGUGACUCUUGCCUCUAUUUAUCUACAAAGAAGUGCUUGUAUAUAAAUAAUUUGUUGCGAUACUAGAAUGUAGUGCCUGAUGUGAAGUAUUUUACUGUCAAGUACUGAAAAUUCAAUAAAUUUUUUAAAACUUCUAGAGUGGU